AUGAUCAACGCCUUCCUCGUCUUCAACGGCUCGGGCCAACCCCGCCUCACCAAGUUCUACACCCAGCUCGCAAGUCGAACCCCCGCCCCCGUGACGACCCGGCGCCUUCCCUUCCCCCACCAACAUCGGUCCUCACGCAAGCUAACCCCCAAGAUAGGACACAAGCAUACAGCAGCGCCUCAUCUCCGAAAUCUUCACCCUCGUCUCCAACCGACCCGUCGGCUCUUGCAAUUUCCUGCCCCUCCCACCCCUCCUCGCCGCCUCCGGCACCUCGACGACCUCGUCCGACGAGCAGAACGACGUCCCUCUCUCGUCACCUACCGCAACUAUGCCACCCUCUUCUUCAUCAUAAUAUCUACUUCUACCGAGUCGCCUCUGGCCCUCAUCGAUCUCAUCCAGGUCUACGUCGAGGCCCUCGAUCGCCUAUUCGAGAACGUCUGCGAGCUUGAUCUCAUCUUCAACUUUGAGAGCUUGCACGCUGCCCUCAGCGAAAUGAUUGUCGGCGGGGUCGUGGUCGAGACCAACCUGGACCGCAUCGUCUCGGGCGUCAGGGCACAGGGCACCGUGGCCAAGCGGCCCGUUAACGAGAGCAGGGGCGCGGGACUUGGUGCGGGCCUGGGCAUGGGCACCAACUUUGGCUGGUCAGGGAGAUAG